AUACAAGUACAGCUCACGAUUGCCACUCCUGCAGAGUGUUAUCGGAAGAACAGUAGCAAAGAGGAACUGAGCGAUGGAUCUUCUUCCAAUCGUUGCCACACUCCUCUGCCUAUGCUUUGUUCGAGCCCAGUGCGAUGCGGGAUCAGCCUCUCCGUCGCCAGAGCAUGAGCAGGAAAAUCAGAUGCUGAGAUCGAAGGUCGCGUCCUUAGAGGAUGAGAUUAGCAGGAGGAAGGAGGAGACCUCGGAGCUGGAGAGCGUUGUCAGGGACAGGACCGCACAGAUGGCAACAUUGGUAGGCGACCUAGAACUUUUGCAGAAAUUGAACUUGGGUGAUGACGAGUCUGUGAUGAAGGCGAACACACAUGAUGGAAUGCUUGAGAAGCAGAUUGAGAGGUUGGGCAACGAUUUGGAAGACCAGAUUAGGAAAGGUGAAUCAUUAGAAGCACGGGCUAUUGAAGCUGAAAGAAGCUUGGAAGAAUUCGGUCGCAAGUUGGAGCAUGCUGAGAAAACUAAUAUUGAUCAGAAGAAAAAGAUUCAGGACCUCAGUGACAGACUUCAGUAUGCAGAGGACAAACUUUCAACAUUGGAAAAUGAAGCAAAAUCGAAGGCAGAAGAGUUGGCAAAGGUUUUGGGAAUUCUCCCGGUUUCACAAAGAUUUAGUAUUUUUUUUCUUCAAGGCAGUAUGGCUUGUUUUCAGGUUCAUGGCAUGUGGCUUCCCCACUGGCUUUCAGUGCGUGUUUUACGCUACCAGAAACUAGUUCCAGUGGCAAAAGACCAUCUCGACGCACUCAGGAAUACUACCGCGGCGUUGGCAUCAGCAGUAGCUAACUGCACCUCCACAGCAUACAGAGUCUGCAGGGAUGUUAUCCAAGCGUGUGCAGUGACGGCAGGAGGAUUCGCAGAUAACUAUUGGCAGAGAUUCUCCCAGCCAUACCUCAGUCGCAUCGUCGCAGCGUCUGAACCUCACCUGUCUAGAGCAAGCGUGGUUCUCGAACCUUACAUGAGGCCCGCAACAUCCGCGUGGAGAAGCCUCGUCUCGUUUACAAGCGAAUACCAUCAUCAGGUUCAGAACGGAGUGAAGCGCUUGCUUGAGGGCAAUGAGCUGCUGACGCCUCUUUCAGUUUCAGCUGACAAGCUGGCAUGGAUCACGGCGCCCGCUCUGUUGGCGCUGCCGGUGUUGUCCAUUUACAAGAUCGUCUCAGCAAUCGUCCGUUGCGGCUCUGCAGUAGGAAAAAUCAGGCGAGGAAGGACGGACUACAAAGACAGGCAGGCAGGAGCAGAUCUCGUAGCAGCAAGCAGGAACGCAGAGUCGAGGGGUAGAGCCUAGAGGCGUCGCCACGACAAGGGCCUUGGUUGGAAAGGAGUCUCAAAAAAUUACACGUACUGGCGGUCAGGUCAAACCUUGAACCCUUCCGUGACGGGCACAUAUCUCCUCGUCGUACCGUUAACGGAACCCGGAAGAAUAGAACACGGUCGUGGACUCGUGGUGGGUCGAUCGACGCGUUAUCUGCCGACUCGAGACCCGUUCCCGUUUUGUCUUCAGAAGAAGUUCAGAACCUGCGAGCCAGAGGAGUGUCGUUCCUUGUGAAAAGCUGACGACGACGAACAGUGGAAGCUUCCUUCCUGGACUGCGCCGACCGCCGUCGAACGCGCAACAACAGCGUCCUCCGUGGCUGUGCAUCCGGCAGCUGUGUGAGUCUGACAGAUACACGUACUACGUGACAACGAAACUGUGUAUGCGCAUAUUUGCAUGUGGUUUUGUCUCUCCCUUUGACACGACGUAUACAAAGUGUAUAUUUUUCUCUCUCUUUUAUUAUAUGUAUAAAAAUAAUGGUUCUGAUGA